AUGGCGUCGGAUGGUUUUGGUCGUCGGGACUGUCUAAAAUACAAAAGAUGUGGCAGUGAUGGAUCUCAAAACUGUAAUAAACACUCUACGUCAAGUUCACAGUCGGAAGUAACGGGAUAUAAAAAUGAGGAUACAAACUCUUGCACCUUUGGAGGUGAGAAGAAUGGGAAACAUGUGAAGCCUAAUAGCAGAGAAUCAGAACUAGAUCCACAUUCAAAAUCAAAGCAUGGAUCACUGACAUUUCCUGUCAAACAUUCUAUGCUAUCAAACAAGAUCGCUCCUCCUCAAUUUGAGCUUGGCAAUUCGGAUGAACAGGAUGAAACUUUAUCUGGAAGAUGUGAUAUCAAGCCCGAAUCACCAGAUUCUGGUCAUAGGUCGAAACAGAAGCAGUUCAGUGCAAGAGACAGUACAAUAAUUAAGUCUUCAUCCAGUUCAAAAUACAGCCGUGACGAAGAUACUGGUUGUGAUCGCAAAAGUACUAAAUCUCCUUAUAAGAAAUCAAACCGUGGUGACAGUCAUACUCAUGGGGUUUUCGGUAACCAAGGCAAAUCUAAAAGCCUUUAUGAUACUGGUGAUCAUUCCCCAAGCAAUUCAACUCAUAGAAGUCCUAGUAAACACUACACAUCUGCAAAACUGAAGUCAGAUGUACAUGAUUCUCAUUCAACAAGAAAUGCAACACAAUCAGUUCAUAGACGAAAUCGAGGCAAUUCAAGCACCCUUGUUGCUUAUAACAGCACAGACGAAGAACUGCCUCAUGGAAACAAAGAGCAUUCCUAUUCAAAACGAAAAGUCAGGCGAAAAGAGGGCGGUGAUAUUCGAUCUGGAAAUGUCGGCGUGUCAGAAAUUGAUCGUAGCAAUCUGGACCCGAAAAAAGGUCAAACAACUUCUGGGAUAUCGAGUAACAUCAAAGUUAUCAAAAGCACUGCAAGGUCUACCUGGGAUUCUAGUGACAGUGACUUCGAUUCUUCGGUCGUUCGUGCAGAAAUGGUUAGCGAAAAUGAAAAUGCCACCUCACCGUAUGAUCACCAAGCAUCAAAUCUGUCAGAUCCUCUAAGUAAGACAUCUCACUCCGUAAUCAACAAGUCCAGUCUACUAAGAGAAUCGAAAAAUGAUUUACAUAAAAAGAGAAAAGAUGGAAAAUAUCAAAAUAGUUCUUAUAAAGACGAUCCAGUUAACUUAGACGAAUCUCAGUCAAAAUUAUCCUGUAGAGAUUCACAUAAUCGUAGACUCAAGAGAAAUUCUGACCAUCGUUCAGUUGAUCGCCGAGAAAAGUCUGUUUCAUCAGGAGCUUCUGAUGGUUCUCGAUUUUAUGAUAAUCGAAGGAACUCUCGUACCAAGAGUACUGCUGAUGGUACACCUCCGAGUCGUAAACGCUCACGCUCUCAUGUGUCCUCCUCGUAUCAUUCCUCAGUCAGCAGAUCACGUUACUCCUCUCAUACGGAAUCUUCUCACAAGUAUGAUCGACAUAAGCGAAGCUAUCUGAAAUCAAAGUCCUACAGCUCCAGAUCAUCUGCCCGUACUUCACGUUCAUUCCGUUCGAGCUAUAGUUCUAGGUCAAGGUCAAGCUCUGCGAGAACUCCUCGUCGACGUAGGCAUCUUAGAUCGUUUUAUCGAAGAAGACAUAGGCGCAGAAGCUAUUCAAUUCGAUCGCGAUCUCGUUCAAGAAGUUGGCGUUCAACGGAUUCCAGCUUCUCUUCACGGUCUUCCCAUUCAUCACGCUCUCGUUUCUCUCGUCGCGAUACUUCUAAAAACCGUUCUUCCUCUCGUCGUUCUCGUACUCCUUUAUAUCGACCUAUAUCGUCUAUUACAAAAGCUUCAGAUGAUUAUACCCGAACUUCACCAGAACACCGUCUUACGCGCCUUGGAGUUGGGUCAGUUAGUAAAGAAACCACUUCAGAUGGCAAAGUGAAUAGUCCUUAUAAUGAUUCAAAGUCCAUUUCCUAUAUACCUAGUGUCAACGAGACGGUUUCAGCAGCUGUUAAACGAGUUGUGGGUGGUGGUCAGUCUAAGAAUCAAAAGUCAUUGCGGGAAUCAGCCUCAACAAAAAAGAGUGAUAACAACAUUGGUUCAAAUCCUGUUAAUAAUUUAAAGUUAUCUGAUGAAAAUAACGGUGAUUCACGUUCACAACCAUUAUCUUCAUCUAUUUUAGCCGAGUCGGAUAGUAAAAUAUCCAGUCCUUCAGUACUUGUAGACAUACCGUUACCUCAAGAUGCACUACAUCAAUCUUCUGAUAAUUUAGAUAGUAAGAAUCAUUUAAAUAAGUCUGUGCCGUACAUUGGACCACAAGUACCACCAGAACUGGCUAAACGCUUCGGCUUAUCUGUUGCCGAUAAUGUCAUCAAAUCUGAUGCUAGUGACUGUGUGACAUCUAUUCCAAGUGAUCGUUAUACAGUUACCAGCUCCGAAGCUGCACAACCACGGAAUAAUUCAAACUCUUUCUGUGAUACUAUGUCGACGUCAGAGUUUACAAUCCCUCCCGAACAAGCUGAGUUGUAUAGACCACUACAAGAACAGGCCAAAGAACAUGCUUUACGCCGUAGUAGCAUUCUUAUGUCUGAGGAAUUGAAACUAAGUCGAAAUACCAACGAGUUUCAGUUACUUCAACAACAACACGUACAACGGCAACUAGCUUUGCUUCAGCAACAUCAGCAGCAACAAAAUCAGUCCACUAUGGUAUUCGCCCCUGCCAGUGUUAUUUACUCCGCUCCUUCAUUUUUGCCCUUUUAUGCAACUAGCACGCCAUUGUUAUCUACAGUAUCAAGUGGUAGUAUAACAGCUGCUAGUAACGCUGCCAUCACUGAAGCAUCAAUUCCUCAACACGUGGCUGCCGAGGCAAUGCUUUUACGACAGCAACAACAGCAGCAGUUUUCUGCUUUAUGUGGGGCUGCGUAUCCGCAACAGGUAAGCUGUAGUGAUGCCUCACAAAUGCUUCUUGGGUCCGUUAGUAAUCCACAUAACUCUUCCAGUUUAUCAGUGGAACAGCCCACCACAUCAUCUUCAUUCCCGUCUUCCGUUAAACAAGAAGGCAAUCCUUUAUCGACAUCAAUCCAACAAGCUCAGUUACGGCAACUAAUUGCCGCAGCUGCAUUACAAUCGGCGACUCAAGGUAGUAACAACAAUAUUUUUCCCUCUCAGAAUGCAGUUCAGUCCAUUACUCAGCAACAGUUACUGAGUCAGCUGAUCGCUCAGCAAUCUCAGCUAUCUGGAGUAAAUAUUGCUCCAAAUUUAGUAACGGCUUCUUUGUUAGCCGCACAGCAACAACAAAAGCAGUUAAUAGCUCAAUGGCAAAAACAUGCCCUGGCAUUGGCUGCAGCCGGUUCUGCAAAUGAUCAGUUUAAGAAUAUUCAAGAAAGACGACUGUCCACUAUUACUCCUGGUAAUGCCUUUACCAAUUCUGCUGUUAGUGCUUCAAAUAAUCUGGCUUCUAUUCUCAACGCUAGCAACUCAUUACCUGCUGCAGUUCAGUUAGGUCUCCUACGCUCCAAUCUCACUGCAUCAGUUCUUUCUAAUACUGGAUUGAAUACACCAACACAAAAUCAAGUAGCCUCUGUAGCUGCAUUAAUCGCUGCGGCACAGCAGCAGCAACAACAACAACAGCAGUAUCAACAGGCUACGGUUGUUUCCUCUGCCCAACAGUCUCUUGCAGCAAACCCUUCACUUUUUCCUGUUUCCUCUGCAAACCAAGAGUUUUCUCAUGCUGUGCAAUCAGCUUUGUUACCACAACAGUUACAGCAACGUUUGUUGUCUCUACAAGCGUCACUCUUGCAACAAAAACAGCAACAACAAAUGGCUUCAAUGAAUAAUGCUGCCGCAGCUGCUGCAAUGGCUGCAUCAGGAAAUGCUGCACUAUUACAAGCUGUUAUCGCAUCUCAGCAGCAGCAGCAACAACAACAACAACAGCGUCAACAACAAAUUGCUCACAAUCAGUUCCAGCAGCAGCAACAAGCAGCCUUGGCUACUAUAUUAGCUGUUCAGAGUCAGCAGCGACAACAACAACAACAACAACAGCAAGCAGUCCAAGAUCGACUGAACAAACCCAUGUGA